GCGACCUCUUCCUGCUAAGUGCUAAGCGCUCUUUCUCUCUCCGUGCCUCCGUUCUUCUUAUUCGAUAAUUAAAACACAAAGCAACAAACAAACUUCACUUUCUCUCUCUAUCUAACUCUAACAAACAAACCCCUUCUCUCUCCACCUCUACUUUCUCUCUCUAGGGUUUCGAGGCGAAGUCUCACUCUCGCUCUCUCAGCUCACCAGGAUUGUAGGGUUCCUUUUUCGUGCGAAUUGCGUAACGGUGGUGAUCGACCGAGUUUUGAUUCUCCGCGUUUCUCGUAGAUUGCUUGCUCAGAGUUGGGAGACGUGAGAUAACGCGAAACGAGGAUUGCUGCAAUUACUGACACACAAGGUUGUGGGGGCAUUGAAGCUUAUACUGUGUCGGACGAAUGUUGUUACUUGAUGCUUGAUGAUUGUUGCAAUGGACUUGAAUGCCUCGCCGGUUCCAGAGGAAGAUGAAGAUAUUUUUGAAGAGAAGAUACAUGUUGAAGAGUUUCAUGCACCGGAAGAGCGUAUAGAAACUGGAGCUGAUAUAGCACGCCGGGAGCGUGAAGAAAGAAAGAGGCGGUUGAAGAGAGAACGACCAGAUGACAGACCUGUACAGGUGUCACAGUCACCAGGAUAUGAUCAGCUAUUUCCCUCUAAGAACCUUAAAUCAUAUGAUAAAAGCAGGCUUCCUCCAGGGUGGUUGGAUUGUCCUUCAUUUGGCCAGGAAAUUUAUGGCAUGAUACCUUCAAAGGUUCCACUUGGUGAAUCUUUCAAUGAUUGCAUUCUUCCUGGUAAAAGAUAUUCAUUUAAACAAGUGAUACAUCAACAGAGAGUUUUAGGGAGAAAACUUGGCCUGGUGAUUGAUUUGACAAAUACCUCUCGAUACUAUCCUGUGUCUGAUUUAAAAAAAGAGUGCAUCAAGCAUGUUAAGAUUCAAUGCAAGGGGCGUGAUUCUGUACCUGAUAAUUUAGCUGUGAACCAGUUCGUCUAUGAGGUUACACAAUUUAUGUUACGUCUAAAACAAAAGAAGUAUAUACUUGUUCAUUGUACACAUGGGCAUAAUCGUACAGGGUACAUGAUCAUCCACUAUCUAAUGCGUGCCAUGUCUAUGUCUGUUACUCAGGCAAUAAAAACAUUUUCUGAAGCUCGUCCUCCUGGAAUCUACAAGCCUGAUUAUAUUGAUGCACUGUACACAUUUUAUCAUGAGAAAAAACCUGAAAUGGUAGUUUGUCCUCCCACUCCUGAGUGGAAGAGGUCUUCAGAAUUUGAUCUCAAUGGUGAAGCUGUUCCAGAUGAUGAUGAUGAUGGAGUACCAGGUCCUGAUUUGCAGGAGAACCAUGAGACAGACACACGAAUGACAAAUGAUGAUGUUUUAGGAGAUGAGAUUCCUUCUGAUCAGCAAGAUGCACUGCGUCAAUUUUGUUAUCAAACGCUUAAAUUGGUUGUUGGGGCUAGGGGACACACACAGUUUCCAGGUUCACACCCAGUUUCUCUCAACAGGGAGAAUUUACAAUUGUUACGACAACGCUACUAUUAUGCAACAUGGAAAGCAGAUGGUACAAGAUACAUGAUGCUAAUAACAAUGGAUGGAUGUUACUUAAUUGAUAGAAGUUUUAAUUUCCGAAGGGUUCAAAUGAGGUUUCCUUGCAGAAGUACAAAUGAUGGUUUGGGCGAGAAGACCCACCACUACACAUUACUUGAUGGUGAGAUGGUUAUUGAUACAUUGCCAGAUUCACAGAAGCAGGAGAGAAGAUAUCUUAUCUAUGAUAUGAUGGCAAUCAACCAAGUGUCGAUAAUAGAGCGACCCUUCUAUGAAAGGUGGAAGAUGCUUGAGAAAGAAGUGAUUGAACCUAGGAAUCAUGAACGGCACCAUAUAUAUCAGAGCAGAAAUCCUUACUAUAGAUAUGAUCUGGAACCAUUCAGGGUGAGGAGGAAAGAUUUCUGGUUGCUCUCUACUGUCACAAAGCUUUUAAAGGAAUUCAUCAAACGACUCUCACAUGAGGCAGAUGGUCUCAUAUUUCAGGGUUGGGAUGAUCCUUAUAUACCUCGUACUCAUGAAGGACUAUUGAAGUGGAAAUAUGCUUAUCUGAAUUCAGUUGAUUUUCUUUUUGAGGUUGAUGGUGAUCGUGAGAUGCUUUUUCUCUUCGAACGGGGAAAGAAGAAACUCUUGGAAGGGAACAGGGUUGAGUUCACAGAUGGCACAGAUCCCUCAGUUUAUUCUGGAAAGAUCAUAGAAUGUUCUUGGGAUUUUGAUAAACUGGAAUGGAAGUUUAUGCGUAUCAGAACAGAUAAAUCAACUCCAAAUGAAUUCAAUACUUACAGGAAGGUGAUGCGGAGCAUAAGAGACAACAUUACUGAGGAAGAUUUGUUGAAUGAAAUAAGUGAGAUUAUCCGCCUUCCAAUGUAUGCUGACAGGAUAAGAAAUGACAGUAAAGCAAAUCAGCACGCUAAUGUGGCAAGGCGAAGGUGACUGGUGAUGGUUAAGAUCAGGGAGGGACUUUUAUGCCUUCAAUCUUUUCAUUGGUGGUAGUGCAUGACGUCUAGUGAAAACAACAUCAAGUGUAUCCCUGAUAUUUAUUUCUGGGAUUUGUAUGAAAUUGUAUUGGAUUUGGCUAUAGGUAUUUUGGCCAAAAGUUGCUCAUAUUAUGUAAUUAGUUAGUGCUGCUGUGCUGUGAGUUGGUACGGCUCAAAUUCCGGCCUAAAUUCAUUUCCUAUGGGUGUCCAGAUCAAGAGAGUUAGGUUUAGAAUAUCUAUGUAUAUUAUCAAUUUUCUUUUAGUGGUUCUAAGUUGUUUAAAAGGGUAGCCGUUACUUAGAGUCAAUUGCCAUUACAUGGGUAGAAUUUCCCUUGUAUGUGAAUAUUAAUUUGAGUAGUAGUAACAAGUCUUCCAUUCUCUAAUGUUCUGUGGAUGUGGAAGUUCUCAUGCAUUUAGGCUGCGUCAUCAGUACCUGAAUCAGAUUGUUACUUGGCAUGUUUGACGAUACCUCAGUCACUGCUACUCAUUCAACUAGUAGCUCUUGAAAUCUACCAAAUAUGUUACUGUUCUGGAAGGAUAUGGAGAGAGGAAAUUGUGUCAUCUAUUUGGCAGUGGUCAAAAUGCUUUUGCUUCAGAUAAAUUGGUGUUGAAACAAUCUAGUGUUAAUUUACUAGCCUCAUUUUAAUGAUGAAUCAACAUCAAGUUCCAUAGAGUGGAAGUUAAAUGUUCGACUCUUAUCUUUUUUUUAGCGAUUAUUUUUUAGCUCCUGAACUUUACUUCCUAUAGUUCCUGUAUUUGCGUAUUUUCUGUUAUUUAGAAAAAUGUUCUGUUUAUGCAAGUUAGACCAAAUUACAUUAUGCAUGUAAACUUUCCAUCAUCAAUGCUUGAUUAUAUCAAUGGAAGUUUACUGUUGCUUAGGUU